UCUGAAUGUUAAUUGUCUGAUAUUUAUGCAUGCUUUUAAAUUAAGCUGCAGACUGUAUCAACACACUGAACAUCAAGGAGACAUGGAAGCUGUGGCAGGAUUAAUGGUGAUGCUACUGGGAGUGUCUCAUGGUGUGGAAACUCACUGUGAUGCCAGACAGGAUGGAGCUCAGUGUUAUGGAGCUUUGGGAGGAACUGUGGACAUCCAGCUGAUGGACAGGACCUCAGACAUGCUUAGAUACCAACUGUUAAAGGAUUCAUUAAAAAUACUAGAUAUGAGAAAUAAUAAUGUUAUUUCUAAUACCAUAAAACAUAGAUCUCUCUUUAUUCCCCAUAACAGAACAUUUAGGAUUAAUAAUCUAAGCAAGAAUGACAGUGGUAAUUACAGCCUUAUGACCUUUUACAACAAUGGCCUCUCAUCAGGCGAGCAGACUCUACAGCUGUUUGUUCAAGCUCCUGUGUCCUCUGUCCUGUUGGUCUCUGAGUGUCUGUCCCAGGGAGAGAUGAGGGUGUCCUGCUCCUCUGAGGGAGGGGACAGUCCUCAGUACAGCUGGACUCUGGAUGGACGCACACUGACAGAUGCUGAGCUCCUUUCUGGAAACAGUGAGGGUAACAUCAUCACUCUGAAACAGCACGUCUCAGGACAUUUGGUCUGCUCAGUCAGGAACAACGUCAGUAAUGUCUCCAAAAAACAGAUAAUAUCUACCUGUGUUGUGGAAACUCACUGUGAUGGCAGACAGGAUGGAGCUCAGUGUUAUGGAGCUUUGGGAGGAAGUGUGGACAUCCAGCUGAUGGACAGCAGCUCAGAAAUAGCUAGAUAUGAAAUGACAAAGAAUUCAUUAAAAAUACUAUAUGUGAGAAACAAUAAGGUUAUUUCUAAUAUCAUGAAACAUAGAUCUUUUUUUCCCAAUAAUGGAACAUUUAGGCUCAAUAACCUGAGCAGGAAUGAUAGUGGUAAUUACAGCCUCAUAACCUUUUAUUCAAAUGGAACAACAACCAGCGAGUGGACUUUACAGUUAUUUGUGCAAGCUCCUGUGUCCUCUGUCCUGCUGGUCUCUGAGUGUCUGUCCCAGGGAGAGAUGAGGGUGUCCUGCUCCUCUGAGGGAGGGGACAGUCCUCAGUACAGCUGGACUCUGGAUGGACGCACACUGACAAAUGCUGAGCUCCUUUCUGGAAAUAAUGAGGGUAACAUCAUCACUCUGAAACAGCACAUCUCAGGACAUCUGGUCUGCUCAGUCAGGAACAACGUCAGUAAUGUCUCCAUAAAACAAAGGAUAUCUACCUGUGGCUUUAUUUUCAUUAACUGCACAUCAAUGAAUGGGACACAGAUAUCAGGGUGGGUACAUAAAGAUGACAACACCCUGUGCAUUGAACCAACAACAGACCCCAUCAUGACCAGUGGCAGUACUGCAGGAAACUCCCUGCUUAUAUGUGGUUUGAGAGCAGUUGUAGUAAUUCUCCUAUUAAUUGGGAUUUCCAUCUACUUUGCCUGGAAGAAAAAGAAAAAUGAGAAAGCUGAAGCCUCUGCUGUCCCAGAAACGAUGAAUUAUCCCAAGAACUCUGUUCUGAUGGUUGAAAUGACAAGUUCUGGAACUUACACCAACACUUAAUUUCACCUUUUGCCUUCUGUCAUUUGA